AUGAAAGGCAUUCUUGAUUACUUAACAGGCGCGUCCUUGGAUGCCCGGAUCUUGCGGGACAAUUUCGUAUUCAAGAUAAUUCCGAUGCUUAAUCCUGACGGUGUGGUUGUUGGUAACUACCGUUGUUCAUUAGCUGGCCAGGACUUGAACCGUUUAUGGGGUGAUCCGUGCCGGAGAUUACACCCAACGAUUUUUUUUGCGAAGAGUAUGUUCCGUCAGCUGUUGGAGGAUCGUGAUGUAGUUCUCUACAUCGAUAUCCACGGUCAUUCCCGAAAGAAGAACGUGUUCUUGUAUGGGAAUUGUGAUAACACCGGGAUUAGUGAGAAGAUUUUCCCAGCACUGUUAUGCAAAGGGUCACGCUGCUUCAACUUUGACGACUGCUGCUUCAAGAUCCAAAGGUGUAAGGAGUCCUCUGCCCGUGUGGUGGCAUACCGAGAGUUUUCGGUAGUCAAUUCUUUCACUUUGGAGGGGUCCUUUUGUGGAGCCGACUUUGGCCCCCUGGCUGACCAGCAUUUCACCAUGCGGCACCUUGAGGAAAUCGGUUGCAUGGUCUGCGACGCCAUCUUGGAUUUUUGCGACCCUGACCAGACCAAGGUGAUGCAGAUUUGUAAGGAGCUCCAACAGCUCUUUCCCGACGAUGGUAACUCUGACGAUGUCUCAGACUCAGAGGAUGACCAGGCUGCCGCCAGGCGCCGAAGAAAGCGAGAGCGGAUGAAAAAGAAGGCAAAGAAGGCUGACGCGGUUAACGAGCCUUCUGCCCGCAAGGGAGCGUCCACGGCGCGCACCACGAGGAAUGCCAACAAGAACCCAGACGGUUCCAAGGGCGCCCGGUCUCGUGCGACGUGA